GCGAUGUUGAUUUGAAGCUCUGCAGACAGCCACAACAAUAAACAAAACAGCGUGUUUCAGCUACGCAACGAUCACCGGCUCUAUAUUCGGUUCCCAGUUGUAUCACAAUUGUUCGCUUAGCAUGCCCAAGUUAGCAGAGCUUUCAGGCGACGAGAAUUCGGGGGAAAGUUCACGCACCUUCGUGUUCGAGGACGAAGGGCACACGUUGGGAAACGUGCUGAAAAGCAUCAUCUGCAAGUAUCCCGAUGUAAACUUUUGCGGCUACACCGUACCCCAUCCGGCCGAGAACAAAAUGCACUUCCGCAUACAGGCCGCCAAAAGCGUGCGUGCCAUUGACAUCCUGCGACGCGGGUUGGAAGAUUUGGAACGCGUGUGUGACCACACGAUAGAAACGUUUGAAGCUGCAAUAGCCCUUCACCAGCAGGGUGCAGCUUAGCCAAUGUAAUGGAUGCUUUUGCUACCCUGAACCCCGGAGCGAAGGUUCGAUCUGUACAGACAGCAGCGACAUGAGGCCACAUGCAUGGCACAUUAAAUAGUUUUACAUUAAAAUAUAUACUUAAGCAAUAAAUUCGGUCACGUGUGUCGGUUUCGGAUCGGAUUAUACCACAAUACGAACGGA